AUUGGAUAUUGGAUAUCGAACUUAUCAACCGGCUGCAUCGUCACCGCGGCAACCUAUUUGUUGCGCCAUAGAUAAUGUCAGAAGUAGAAGAAACAUUUAAAAGAUUAUUGGCACACAAAGGAGUUAUUGGUGCAAUUAUUGUAAGCUCAGAUGGGAUCGCAGUAAGAACUUCCAUGGAUAACAGUACCACAAAUCAUUACUGUGGUCUUAUUCAACAAUUGGUCGCGAAAUCUCGUUCUGCUGUUCGUGAUUUAGAUCCAUCUAAUGAUUUAACAUUUUUGCGUAUACGAAGUACUCGAAAUGAAAUUAUGGUAGCACCAGAUCGUGAUUACAGUCUCAUCGUUAUACAAGAAACAAGCACAGAAUAAAACGUUUUAUUGUUUAUACGGUUUUAGAUCCUUGAAGAAAAUAACAAUAUUUAUGCCUAAUAACUAACGGUAACUUAACUUCAUGGUUUUUGGUGCUAUGGUUCGUUUUUUUCAACGGCUGUUAUUGUCAUUCUAUAUAACUAAUAAAUUGAUCGGCUAAUAAUGUCACAACUAGAUUUUCUUGUUUUGGGUUCUCAUCUUUUGUAGUCCUACCGAUCAAUAUGCAAUUCCAUUAACUCUUACUGUCCUGAUCUAUUUACAAAUAUUUCCAGAACGAACUUGAUGAAACAUUUACAUUGUUGUGACUUGAACGUGGAUCAAUUUUUACCCCCGUGCCAAUUGUUGUGUCCUUGAUUGAAAGAUUAGAGAGCAGUGUAUUAUCGAUCGGACCAAAGACGCGUAAAACACGUAAGAACGACCUAGAGUUCUGAUUGGCCUUGCUUCCCUGUCUAACCCAG